GAUCACUGCUAGACGUUGACCUCGAGCUACCAUAUCCGCCCGCAUGAGCGACGAAGAGAAUGUGGGCGAGAGACGAACACUGGAUUGGGAGGACGCCAGGAGAAGGAGCCUGCUUCCAGGCGGUUUUGGUCAGGACCGUGUGGCAUUGUGGAAGUCGUUGCUGAAUGUUCCAGAUUAUGAAGACAGGAACUCUACCGUAUACUUGUCUGGAUGGAGGGCUGAUUCCGUUGCUGGGCUUAGCAUCGACUCUGUGGAAGAACAUGCGGACGAACGGCAAAUUAAGCUGGACACCGACCGAAGUUUUGUCUUGUACCCAGUAGAGGAAGUGAAAAGUAAAGAACAGUUACAGGCUCAAUUACACGACUUAAUUGUCGCACUGUUUCGCAAGAGACGGCACCUAAGUUAUUUCCAGGGAUACCAUGAUAUAAUAUCAGUGUUGUUUUUGACAUUACCAGAAGACAUACUAUUGGCAUCUGCGGAGAAGAUGAGUCUACAUAGAUUGCGCGACUCUAUGGGUUCAAAUUUAGAGCCUGUUAUCGCCCUUGUCAGAGUGCUUCAACGACUACUGUCACUGGCCGACCCUAAUUUUGCCGAAAUCCUACAGCGAACCUCUCCACUCCCAUACUACGCACUAUCCAACCUGUUGACUUUAUUCUCUCAUGACUUGCCUACUCUUUCCUUGGCACAACACGCAUUCGAUUACCUGCUUUCACGACCACCGAUCGCAGCCGUGUAUCUGGCAGCAGCCAUGUUACUUUCUCGGAAGGCCGAAGUUGAACUACUAGAACAAGAAGGCGAGGAUGGUAUGAUUCAUUCUCUGCUUUGUAGCCUCCCCGACUUGUUCGACUCGGACGAAGACAAUGGGGAGGCAUCCGAAGAUGAGGAUAUUCUUGGCCCUGUACUGGAAGAGAUGAUGAGGGAUAUCAGUUCAUCAGAACCCGCAGGUGAAAGAGAAAGUCAGGCAGAGGCUGUAUCAAUUGAGAUGGAAGUAUCCAUUAAGAAGGUGUUAACUACUGUGCAAGACCUUCCCGAUACCUUCGAUUCAGCUUCAUCCAGAUCCGACUACGCUGCAGCAGAGACUUCGGCUUUAGCUGAAGUUUCGUUUUCCCCAGAUCUGAAUAACAUUCCAUCCGACGAGGCUCCUGGCAGCUCAGAUGCGUACCUAGACGAGCAACCUCAAGAGCCGCUUUUCUCUCAGCAGCUCUCAGAGGAUACACAAGAUUCUCGUCCACCAACCCCACCAACUCCUCCUCCACCCCGACCCCGAAUGUCCCUUAUCUCAUUGCUCCAACAAGCAGACUUACUCUACGAGCUUUAUCCACCUUCACAUCCUUCCAUAGCACUCGAUACCAUUCUAGGGCCUCAAAGUGUUAUGUUCACCUGGUCCGAGAACCCCUCGCAACUUCCGCAAGACGAUGAGGCGGAGUUGAUGGCUACGAAGCCAGACUUAGUCGUCCAUCCCGUCAAAGAGGAAUCCGAAGAAGAAGAGGAAGGCAAGGAGAAAGAAGGCGAACAUAGGGGAGAGAAACGCCGCAGACGUCGUCUUCGCAAGCCUCAUCGUCUGGUACCUAGUCGUAGGAAAGCUAUGGUGGCUAGUGCGGUGUUGGUCCUGGGCAUUGCUGUGGCUGUAUAUGGUACUGGAGGCUUCCGUGGAGGCGGCAUUGGGGAUUCACAUCGACCGGGUCAUAGGGAAUGGAGGACUGUCACGAAGUUUAUUGGGGCCUUGUUCGUAGGUGCUGGAGAGCGGCUACUGGAUAGUAUUUGGGGCUAAGCUUCGUAUACCGCGUGCACACCUGUGUUGUAUCUUCUGCAUGUUGUUUUUGUACUGAGGGCGCUUUAUUCAAUAUUAUUGCGCGUUGGUGACGAUGUCUGUACGGAAAAUCCAGUAUACAAGGACCUAU